AUGAAACCGCCGCCAGACGUAACCCCCCCGGUUAACAACCGUCCUCGCCGCUGUCUAGACCUCUCCUUACCUCUUCCUCACCGCGACGUCUCCCUCGCCGUACCUCUCCCCCUCCCGCCAACUUCCACCGCCUCAGAGCCCAAAAGCUACUCAGACCUAGCACGUGGCAACCGUAUCGGAAGCGGAGCAGGAGGAACUGUUUACAGAGUUGUCCACCGUCCAACCUCUCGCGUAUACGCGCUCAAGAUAAUCAACGGUAACCACGACGACACUGUCCGUCUCCAAAUCUGCAGAGAGAUCAAGAUUCUCCGUGACGUGAACCACCCCAACGUGGUGAAAUGCCACGAGAUGUUCGACCGUAACGGAGAGAUCCAGGUCUUGCUCGAGUUCAUGGACCAAGGAUCUUUACAAGGUGCUCGCGUCUCGGACGAGCAGGAGUUAUCCGACCUCUCGCGUCAGAUAUUAAACGGUUUGGCUUACCUUCACGGACGUCAUAUAGUCCAUAGAGACAUAAAGCCUUCGAAUCUACUUAAAAGCUCCGACGGUAACGUCAAGAUUGCUGAUUUUGGGGUGAGCAGGGUCUUGGCUCAGACCCUGUCUCCGUGUAAGUCCUCCGUUGGGACCAUUGCUUACAUGAGUCCCGAGAGGAUCAACACGGAUUUGAAUCAGGGGAUGUACGAUGGCUGUGCUGGUGAUAUUUGGAGCUUUGGUGUUAGUGUUCUUGAGUUUUUCUUGGGGAGGUUUCCUUUCAAUGUGAGUAGGCUAGGUGAUUGGGCGAGUCUUAUGUGUGCUAUCUGUAUGUGGCAGCCGCCUCAAGCUCCCGCCACCGCGUCUCCCGAGUUUAGACACUUUGUUUCGUGUUGUUUGCAGAGAGAACCGGCGAGGAGGCAAACUGCUGUUCAGCUUUUGCAACAUCCUUUUCUGCGUAGUGGAGCGAGUCAGAGUCGGAACAGGUCUUCUGGGAAUCUACAUCAACUAAUGCCUCCUCCACACUAAAGUUUUAGUUUUGUCUGAUAAUAAUAAUGUUUCUACACUAAAGAUUGAUUAUGUCUUGUUGUUUAGACAAACUAUGGUAUUGUCUUGUACUUGGCUGAAAGAAAAGCUUAUUGUUUUUUUUUUUGUAACUUAGAAAAGCGUAUUGUUGGAAUCACUUUGUACU